AUGUACCCCAACAACAGUCACAGAAAAAUCUACCACAACAACAGUCACAGAAAGACCUACCACAAAAACAUUACAAAAGAAUGUACCCCAACAACAGUCACAGAAAAACCUACCAUAACAGCAGCCACAGAAAAACCUACCACAACAACAGUCACAGAAAAAUCUAUCACAACAACAGUCACAGAAAAACCUACCACAAAAACAGUCACAGAAAAAACCACCACAAUAACAGCCACAGAAAAACCUACCACAACAACCCCCAUUGUAGUAACAAGUGGAGUGGUUACAAGAUCACCAUCAACAACAUCACCAUCAACAGGAGGACAAACUACCACAACAACAGCCACAGAAAAACCUACCACAACAGUCACAAAAGAAUGUACCCCAACAACAGUCACAGAAAAAUCUACCACAACAACAGUCACAGAAAAACCUACCACAAAAACAGUCACAGAAAAAACCACCACAAUAACAGCCACAGAAAAACCUACCACAACAGUCACAAAAGAAUGUACUCCAACAACAGUCACAGAAAAACCUACCACAACAGCCACAGAAAAACCUACCACAACAAAAGUCACAGAAAAACCUACCACAACAGUUACAAAAGAAUGUACCCCAACAACAGUCACAGAAAAACCUACCAUAACAGCAGCCACAGAAAAACCUACCACAACAACAGCCACAGAAAAACCUACCACAACAGUUACAAAAGAAUGUACCCCAACAACAGUCACAGAAAAACCUACCAUAACAGCAGCCACAGAAAAACCUACCACAACAACAGUCACAGAAAAAUCUACCACAACAACAGUCACAGAAAAACCUACCACAAAAACAGUCACAGAAAAAAACACCACAAUAACAGCCACAGAAAAACCUACCACAACAGUCACAAAAGAAUACGCCCUGGAGGAGAACCACACGCCAUCGCUGCGGUACCGUUUUUACGGCUACUUUGCAGCCUUCACAGCCUCCAUAUACGUUCAUCACCCGGGGGGUACUCAGUAA